UAUCCUUAAAUCAACCCUACCCCACACUUUCUCUCUCUUCCACAUUUCUUCAGCAGCAACCCCAUUGCUGCCUCCAUAAAACAACACUGCUCAUCCACAAAGCUUCUCUUGCCAUGGGCGUGGACAUGUCGAAUCCACCCGCGUCUCGUACCAAAGACUUCUUCGCCUCUCCAGCUCUCUCUCUUAGUCUUGCUGGGAUUUUUCGAGAUGGCGGCGCCGCGGCUGCAGCUGCGGCCAACAUGGAGGUGGAGGAAGGGGAUGAGGGGAGCGGAGGAGGGCGGAGGGAUGAUACGGUGGAGAUAAGCAGUGAGAACUCAGGCCCGGCGAGGUCAAGAUCCGAAGAUGAGUUUGAUGGAGAAGGAGAGGGUGAUGAAGAUGGAGAAGGUGAGAAGGGCAAGAAGAAGAAGAGGAAGAAAUAUCACAGACACACUGCUGAGCAAAUCAGAGAAAUGGAAGCGCUAUUCAAGGAGUCACCACAUCCAGAUGAGAAGCAAAGGCAGCAACUAAGCAAGCAACUAGGCCUUGCUCCCAGGCAAGUCAAGUUCUGGUUUCAAAACCGACGAACUCAAAUUAAGGCUAUACAGGAGCGCCAUGAAAACUCUCUAUUGAAAUCAGAAAUGGAGAAGCUUAGAGAUGAAAAUAAGGCUAUGAGGGAGACCAUUAAGAAGUCUUGUUGCCCCAACUGCGGCUCAGCCACCUCUAGUAGAGACCCCACCAUGACAACUGAAGAACAACAGCUGAGAAUCGAAAAUGCAAGGCUGAAAGCCGAGGUGGAAAAACUACGAGCAGUCAUUGGGAAAUACCCUCCUGGAACAGGAUCACCUAGCUCCUCAUGCUCGGCUGGAAAUGAUCAUGAGAACAGAAGCUCUUUGGAGUUCUACACUGGAAUUUUCGGGCUUGAGAAGUCGAGAAUCAUGGAGAUAGUUAAUCAGGCAAUGGAGGAGCUCAAGAAGAUGGCAACUGCUGGGGAACCGCUUUGGAUUAGAAGCGUUGAGACUGGUCGUGAGAUACUUAAUUACGACGAGUACAUGAGAGAAUUUUCUGUCGAAAAUUCAGGCAAUGGAAGGCCAAAGAGGUCAAUUGAGGCCUCAAGAGAGACUGGAGUUGUGUUUGUGGACCUCCCACGGCUUGUUCAAAGUUUCAUGGAUGUGAAUCAAUGGAAGGAAAUGUUUCCAUGCACAAUCUCAAAGGCGGCUACCGUUGAUAUUAUCUGCAAUGGUGAAGGUCCUAAUAGAAAUGGAGCAGUUCAAUUGAUGUUUGCAGAGCUGCAAAUGCUCACACCCAUGGUGCCCACAAGAGAGGUGUACUUUGUCCGAUUCUGCAAGCAGCUGAGUGCAGAUCAAUGGGCGAUUGUUGAUGUUUCCAUUGAUAAAGUUGAAGAUAAUAUCGAUGCGUCCCUUGUGAAAUGCAGAAAACGUCCUUCUGGCUGCAUCAUUGAGGAUAAAUCCAAUGGCCACUGCAAGGUGAUCUGGGUGGAGCAUUUGGAAUGCCAGAAAAGCACGGUUCAUACCAUGUACCGCCAAAUUGUUAACAGUGGUCUGGCCUUUGGUGCCAAGCAUUGGAUUGCGACUCUGCAACUCCAGUGCGAGCGGCUGGUGUUCUUCAUGGCAACCAAUGUCCCCACGAAGGACUCGAGCGGCGUUGCGACACUGGCGGGAAGGAAAAGCAUUCUCAAGUUGGCACAAAGAAUGACCUGGAGUUUUUGUCGAGCGCUGGGGGCAUCAAGCUUUAACUCAUGGACAAAGGUAUCGAGUAAAACAGGAGACGACAUAAGGGUGGCUUCCAGGAAGAACCUGAACGAUCCUGGUGAGCCUCAAGGGGUGAUCCUGUGUGCAGUUUCAUCUGUAUGGCUGCCAGUGGCUCCCCACGUCAUAUUCGAUUUCUUAAGAGAUGAAGCUCGCCGGAGUGAGUGGGACAUCAUGUUGAGUGGAGGGCCAGUGCAGUCAAUUGCAAACUUGGCCAAAGGGCAGGAUCGGGGCAAUGCAGUCACUAUUCAGACAAUGAAAUCCAAAGACAACAGUAUGUGGGUGGUACAAGAUACCUGCACAAAUGCAUAUGAAUCCAUGGUGGUUUAUGCUCCUGUAGACAUUCCCGGCAUGCAGUCUGUGAUGACAGGGUGCGACUCCAGCAGCAUUGCUAUACUGCCGUCGGGUUUCUCAAUUCUUCCAGAUGGGGUUGAGUCAAGGCCUCUCGUCAUCACUUCUAGGCCGGAGGAGAAGAGCACUGAAGGAGGAUCUUUGCUCACCAUAGCAUUUCAAGUCUUAACAAACACCUCCCCCACAGCCAAACUAACUAUGGAGUCUGUGGAGUCUGUGAACACUCUUGUAUCAUGUACAUUGCAAAAUAUAAAAACAAGUUUGCAAUGUGAGGAUGGGUGAUCAGUGUGCCUAUGUUAAUUAGAUAGAUACUCUGAUUAAUUGUAAAACUUAUAGGUUUUGGCUUUUUUCGGUUUUUGGUUCCAAGGCCAAAUCGGCCACUUCUAAUGUGUUUCUUCUUUCAUUUUUUUCUUCACCAAUCUUAAAUCGUGGAGAUAAGGCUUGCUGAUUCUA